UCCUGAUCCUCCAUGUAUCUCCUUAAAACGAGAACCUUCAACCGCAAAGUUGAUUGGAUCGAAAACUGAGAAAGGAACACGGGAACGAUCAAACUAGGCUGAGGAAGCCGCCAAACAAUGGCGUACUACGGUCGUGGCGGCGGCGGAGGGUCGCGCCACAGCGACACACCGACUGAUGGCCGAAUAUAUGUCGGGAAUUUACCCCCCGAUAUCAGAGAAAGAGACAUCGAGGAUUUGUUUUUCAAGUACGGCAGAAUAUUGCAUAUUGACCUGAAGAUGCCCAAGGUCGGGCCGCCGUUCGCUUUCGUCGAAUUUGACGAUAAAAGGGAUGCAGAAGAUGCCAUUCACUUCAGGAAUGGCUACGAUUACGAUCGCUACACAUUACGAGUGGAGUGCCCACGAAGUAGCGGUGCUCGUGGGAGCUUCAGUGGAGGCAGCAGUGGCGGUGGUGGUGGAAGAAGAGGGGGACCCCCACCCAGGAGAUCCAAGUACAGGUGUAUUGUGUCAGGACUACCUUCCACUGGCAGUUGGCAAGACUUGAAGGACCACAUGCGCGAGGCUGGCGACGUCUGCUACGCGGAUGUACACAGAGACUGCACUGGUGUUGUGGAGUAUGUGACCGAGGACGACAUGCGUUAUGCCUGCAAGACCCUGGAUGACAGCAAGUUCUGCUCACAUGAGGGUGACACAUGCUACAUUCGUGUGAAAGCAGACUACAAGGGUGGCCGCAGUCGAUCCCGUAGCCGAUCCCCCCGACGCUACAGCCCAAAGCGCAGUCCCCGACGUUCCUCCUACAGCCCCAAGCGGUCGCGUCGCUCCUACUCGCGCUCACGCUCUCGAUCCAGGGGGCGCGACAGCCGCUCCCGAUCCCGUUAAAACUUGUCCGAGCAACGAGACGAGAGUAGAUCCAGAACACACCUGAUGCAGUUGCCAUUUGCGCGGAGAUGCGGACCCUCGUUUUCACAAGGACUAAGGAAACCAAGGUUGGUUUUCAUUCAAGUAGCAUGAAAUACAAGUAAGCAUAAGUGCUUGCCCAAUCAGAAUGCAUGUGAUAUUUAUACCACUUUCAUACUAAACACUUGCAGAGUUUCAAUUUUUUUAGGGAGAGAGGGGACAUUAUUUACGCUCAUGAAAGGUUGUCAUUGAUUUUGUGCUCUGCACCCGAUUUCAUCAAACUUACGAUGCAGCGCUGUGACGUGUUGUAUCUCUACAAUUCGUCGUAGCUGUGACGCGUACUGCAAUCCAUUUCACGAAACACGUAAGUGCGACGCGUUGUAGGUGCAUUUAUAGCACAAGUCUGUGACUGUUUUAUGUCUUUAGUCAGCGUACAGUAAAUAGUCGUCUGAUAUUCAACAAAAGUCGUCGGUCUCCGCCCAAAAUUUGUUAAGACAUCAAUAAAAUGGUGGCCUUGUGAUGCAAUUUUAAAGGAAAACAAGCUCUCAGUGGACUGUGUACAUGUAGCUACUUUGAAAUUUUAACUGCAAUAUUCCAGGCUAUUUCAUAAUUAUUCAAUGAAUUUUCUAUACACAACUUUACACACAUUGCCUCGGGAUUGUAAUCUCGUUUAUGUGAUAUUUAAGGCAUAAAACUGGCUAAGAAAAGGACUUUUCUUAUUUUGUGACGACCACUAGACACGUCGUAACUUGUGAUGUGUCUUAAGGCGUUGUCAAGGAACUUACUACGCAUUCAGCACAUCGCAGGUUUCGUGAAAUGUAUUGAACGGCGCAUCGUGAGUUGCGAUGUGUUACACUUCGUAACUCGAGUUGCAAUGGAUCGCAUCGUUUAGUGAAAUCGGUUGCUGAACUUGGGUUCAAUUUGUUUCUACAAUCGUGACAAUUUUUUUUUUGAAGUUCAAAACUGAAUGCAAUAUAUUGUUCACAUUAUUCCUGGCUUGGAUUUGGAAGAGUAAGGUUAAAUUAGAAAAUUGAGACAAGGUUAGCGUGUAGUCUUUUACUGCUGAAAUAUUUUAAAAACAUAUUUUGAGCUUGCACUUAACGUUGUUAAAUCCCAGAAGAUGGUGAGGUAACGAGUUUUCCCUUCCCUUUUUGUCUUAGGGUCUUUUCAUUAAAGAUAACAUAUAAAUUGAAAGCAAUUCAUAGAUGGAUUGAUAUAAAACAUACAAGUGGGUAAUGGGUUAGUGUUCUCAAACGCAUCUUCGUUCAUGUAUAUAUUUUUGGCUUGGAUAAGAUUCAGCUGAUGGUAUCAGUAUUUUGGAGUGUUUAACAUUUUUAUGUUAGUGACUAGAUUGUUUUAACAAGACACUGUAGUUUUUAGAAUAAUGCUCAGAAAUACCACAAGCAAUCUGCAUUGUAUGAACCGUGCAAAGUCAAUAUACAAGUAUGGGAUUUUUAUUUUAUCAGUUCCAAUUCCCCCUCCCCCCUCCCGCCCUCCCCCUGGAAAAUGGUAUCAUUGUUAAAGGUUACUUCAGUUAUCGAAGGGUAUUUUCAAAUUUAUUCACCUAUGUUGUCAACAAAUGUUCAAAUUGAUUGCAUAUUCUCGCAUAAUUUCAUAAAUACUCUAUUGUUAUUUGUUUCAUCAUUCAAACAUUUGUGUUUUGUUAUUAGUCAAAUAUUCUGGAUAUUCCUCAUUAUAUAGGUAAAUAAGUUACUUCUGAUUGAGACUGAAUCAAUAAUUUUUCAUAUAGUGGCAUAAUGUACUCCAUACACAAUACACCUGCACAUAUUUUCCAUAAAAACACUGAGCAGGGUACAUUUUUAUAUGUAUACAUGUACAUGUAGCUGCAAAAACAUAUUUGCUCAGCACGAAAAAAUUGAAAGAAAAAAAUUCCUGAUAAGUUCAGGGCAAUUUACGUGAUAAGCCAGUUUGUAUCUCGAUGAAGAAAAGUCCAGGUCAAAGGUCAUUCUGGAUAAGCGUCAAGCGUCUUGCAAUUGCGAUGUUAUCAGUUAUGCGAACGACCAUUCUGCACGUAAUUAAUGCGCGAGCAUGUGUGAGCGUCUCUUUACGUGUUCAUGCGCCUUCAAUGAGCGUUCGAUUAUCCCAAAUGACCUGUGAACCCAAAUCAUUGCAGCAUGUGCAGUUGAUACUGAGCAUGCUUAUCGUACAGCCUUGAUUGCUGAUCGCUUCUUAGCCAAACAAAUAGAUUUGCUGAGUAAUACAUGUAUAUUUAAGAGUUCCUAUGAAAUACGCCCAGAUCUCAAGAACAUAAUUCCCACUUGUGCAGAGCUAAUGUAUUUAGACCUUUUCUGUACUUUAUGAAACCAUUUACUGUAUUGUGUGUCAACAUUUGUCUGUUUUGUCAAUAUUUCAUUGCGUACUCAUCAUGACACAUGUUAGAUCUAACAUCUUCUUGUGUCUUUUCAAUAUUCUCAGUGUCGUAAGGACUAAGGACGGACUUACUGAAACUCGGAUUCCUUAGGAUAAGCACUGGAAUCGAGGAGUACAGGAAAAAAGGAUAAGAAAAAAAAAGCAAAACUCGGAAAAAAAUCAUGACGAAACUGGAAAAGAAGGCUCAGAUUUUGGAGCAGCUUUUUUUGGAUUUUUCUUUUUUGGAACAAUGGAUUUCAGACGGGGAUUUGGAUCAAACUUGGAAAGUGAUCAGGAUUUUUCCACAGGAUGGAUAGUUUUGGACGAAAGCGUGGAUGGAUAUGAUGGUAUGAGAUUUAACUGUCGGUGUUGUUUGGGCAUGUUUGAAUCGUGUUUAGUUAACCUUUCAAAAAUGUUUGGGUACAUGUACAUGUACAUCCUUGGAACUUGGCUAUAUGAAUGAAAAGAAAUCCCCCUUUUUUCAGGGGCACUUUUCUGAACAAAAUCCAAUGUGUGUGGAUUGUACAAGUGGCAUAAUGGCCUCUUGAUAGUUCCAGAGUGAAAACUUGACCCUUGUGAACUAUUUGUAUUUUGCUCAUUUAAAGUUCUUUCAUUCAAUGUGAUUUUUUUUUAUACAGGUGUGUUUUGUUUUUGAAUUUUUGAUUCAAACAUGCCCUCUCCAAUUUUAAUGUGUAUUUCUUAUUCAAUUUUUUUUUAAAUCACGUAAUGUAUUGCAGUGUAAGUGACCGAUGUAUAUAUAUAUCAAUUCUGCUUUUAGAUUGCAUGCUUGGCGACGUUUGUGGUUUGGUUUUUAGUGAUGACUGUCUUGUAUGCUUUAACUAAUGACAUUGUGUGCAACACACAGCCGGCACAGAAUUUCCCGGAAUUAGCAAAUGUUUUAUUACAAUGAAUUCAUGGUGAUCAUGACGGGAGUGAUUAAUAUUUUUACCCCAUUAAUAUGCUUUCUGUUUUAAGAACAAAAAAA